AUGGACAAUCGCUCCCUGGCCUCGCCGCCCUCGAUACGCGUGUGUCACUCAACUCCAACCACUGCUACCAACACUGAACAGAACCACCGCCUGCCCUCGAGAUCUCCGUCGUAUUCGAAAAAUUCUGAUCGCUCGCCGUCAUCGUAUGGGCGACCAAUGGCCAUCCCAAACUCCAACGAGCCGCUGGCGCCGCCGCCAUUGCCUCCGCCCCGAUUCAUUGAGGAUCUCGCGCAGGGCCACGACUCCGGGUGGAAAUGGGGCAAUUCGUUCGAAGGAAAGCCAACUCUGGCCCCUAUAAAGCCGACGUCCAGCCUCUUCGGCGGUCACAGUCGCCCGCCUCUUGUCCGCCGGGACGAGACUUUUUCGUUCCCUGACGAGUUCAAGUGCGGAGCGGCGAUGUCAGCUGCGACGAGCCCGUCGUCGGAAACAAGCCCAUCUGGACAACUGACUUCUCCGGAUGCGGCUCGAUCAGGCUCACUUGGCUCUAACCCCUCCGGCUCACGGAUGGGAUAUAGUCUGGAAGGAGAAAAGCCUCUUUCAAAGAAAUGUGUUGAGCGUUCCUCAAAUGCCUACGACCAACACCUCUUGUCGAAAAUCGGGAAACCGGGUUCCCCUCCACGGCUUGCGUCGAGCUUGGGCACUUCCUUGAACAGCACAAGCCUGCCGUUCCAUUCGAAAACCAGAACACUUUCGACCUUAUCGAUUGGGGAUGGGUCGUUGAGCCCAAGGGAUAUCCCUCCAAGAUGGGGCAGUGGUCCCCCGUCCGCCGCAAUUUCUCCUGGCACAAAAAUGGGGGCCUGGCAAGAUUAUGUUGGGUACCACAGUCCGACCGGUGAUAGCUCUGUGCACUCUCCCAUGGAGAUCGACAGCUUCAACCAUCCUCGGGAGCGGUACAACAGUAAUUCCUCCGGACGUCGUCCAACAGAAGAAAGACCCAGCAUUUCGGAACGGUCUAGCAAAGCGAGCUAUGAUCAAGGAAUGUUCGCCGAGCAAGAUACUGAUUUUGCAAUGGAUGAUGCGGGACCGACUUCUCAACCCAGUUUACCGGGGCGUAUGUCCUUUACAGAAGGCUUUUCGUCUAUAUCGCGUAAUAGCAUGAAACGAAGGGCCUCGUCACCUCCACGGGGUGCAGCUGCGGACCCAAUGUAUGGAUUUACGGAUGUAGAUAGAGACAGGCGAGCGCUGGGACUCCGAUCCAAUAGCUGCACCUCUCCUACUACCCGGUAUCCAGGAAGUCACGGAUCCAUCUCCUCGAUAUCAUCAAGUCUGCGAACAGAAUCAUAUGCAUCAUCGACUGGGCUCUCUGCGGCGGCGAGCAGCAUUUCUUCUUUUGGAGGGCCGUCUCCAGGAGGAAUUUCACCCGCUUCCGAUUUGGACACAUGCUAUGAAAGAUCGUACUUGCCGCCUACAUCACAUCGCUCGCAGUAUGCCGAGUCCGUGGACAUGAAAAGUUCGGUUUCACGAAAGGGUUCAACACAGAAUGGUAUUGGUCUCUCAAAGCCUACUGCACCAAGAAUAGGAAGACUAUAUAUUUGCGAAUGCUGCCCAAAGAAGCCCAAGAAACUUGAGAGCCUGGAAGAAUUACGUGCCCAUGAGAUGGAAAAGCAAUAUACGUGCCAGUUUUGUAAUAAGCGAUUCAAAAACAAGAACGAAGCCGAACGACAUCAGAAUUCUCUGCAUUUGCGACGGCAUUCUUGGUCUUGUGCUGCGUUGUCAAAUCCCGAGUCUGCAUUCCACCCUUCAGCUUCGCCGACUUGUCAAACCCCUAACGGUCCUUCACACGAUACUUGUGGAUACUGUGGGGUGGAAUUUACGAAUUUCCCAAAGCCCGAAUGGGAUCGGAGAAUGGAGCACCUCAUCAACAUCCAUAAGUUUGGGGAAUGUAAUCAGGCAAAGAAAUUCUACCGCGCCGAUCACUUCCGUCAACACUUGAAACAUAGCCAUAAUGGAUCAAGCGGGAAAUGGACAAAUACGCUGGAGAGUGCGUGUAUGAAGGAAGAAGCACCCCACGAAGGACUCCCAAGCAUUGGAGAGCAGCCAGGUGAUAAUGGAGAAGGAGAAAAUACGGAAGUUGGACCUCGAUCAGCGACAAGCAGAGUCGCAGUACAUACCAUUGAUGAAGUGAUGACGGGUUCUUGACAUCGUUUAAUAGCCAUAAUUUUUCGCCGCGCGAAUAUUCCUUGUGUCUCCUUCUGGGGAAUAACUGGAAUUAUUCUUUCCAAUUACUCGAGAUUAUCCGUUGGUUGGCUCAAAAACUUUCAAUUUUCCAAAUUGCAACGGCGGUUUUUUUUUUUUUUUUUUUUUUUUUUUUUUUUGCUAGACCCUUUGAUUCUAAUAUGCCCCUUGCGGGGGUUUCUUAUAUUCAUACUAGCUGAUUGGCUUCGUGAUGUGUUUACGGCAGACUUGGAUGCGAACGUCCUAUUCUACUGUUUUAAGGGGCUGGCUGAAUGUUCUUUAUAUCCCUGCUCGAACAAGUUUGUUUUGCUCGCAUUGAGAGUGCUGAGCGUUG